ACUAUCAAGGUGUCGAAGUCAAACUAGCAGACGAACAAGAAAAUGCAACAAGCUGGCCACCAGCUGUUAACAAGCUAAGAACAAGUGAAGAAACCCAGGCAAAUGUACAUGGAAUAGAUUUAAGCAGGAUCAUUAAAAUUUAUUCCAGCAGCAGUGGUUGAAUAAGUGCUAAGAAAGUUGUUGGUAGGUGACAUAGCCUACCUUAGAACUGAAAUGGCCCAAGAAGAUCCCAGCUGGAAGAUAUUCUUUGAGGAAAAUCCAAAGCCUACUCAUUUUGAUGAAAAUAUCAAGUUGGUUCAAGAUUUUUGUCAGCAAGCAGCUAUGAAAAAAAAUCGUGUAGCUUUGGUCACUUCGGGUGGAACUACAGUGCCUUUAGAGCAAAACACAGUCCGGUUCAUUGACAACUUCAGUGCAGGAACGAGAGGGUCUGCCUCAGCAGAAUAUUUCCUAGAAGCUGGAUAUCAGGUCAUCUUCCUACAUAGAUCUAAAUCCCUUGAGCCAUAUUUUCGCCAUCUGGUAGGAAAAAAUAUCUUUGAUAUGAUAGAAGUUUUACCUGACAGUGUCACUGUUGGCGAAAAACAUCAAACUGAAUUGGGAAAAUUAGCCCAGAAGUUUCAACGUCAAAGGGAGAAUUUACUGAUGAUUUCUUUCAAUAGUUUGUCAGAUUACCUCUGGCUAUUACAGGCCACUGCUCAAGAAAUGCAUAUUUUAGGUCCCUUGGCUUUGUUGUACUUAGCAGCUGCAGUUUCAGAUUUCUAUAUCCCUGCUUCUCAAAUGCCAUGCCACAAGAUUCAGUCUUCAAGUGGUCCACUUAGUCUUUCUCUUCAACUUGUCCCCAAAAUGCUAGCACCAUUAGUUACGCUAUGGGCUCCAAAUGCAUUUAUCAUUUCAUUCAAACUGGAAACCAAUGAAACCCUCUUGGAAACGAAAUCAAAAGAAUCACUACUUAAGUACCAUCAUCAUGUUGUGAUUGGAAACCUUUUGCAUAGUCGGAAGGUUUACGUUGUCCUAGUGGAUAGCAUUAACCCCAAUGCAGAGGAAAUACGAUUGUCUAAUUCCGAAGUGGAAAGCGGCAUUGAAAUCGAGUCCAGAAUCAUCGAAAAUUUGAAAACUCGUCACGACCAGUACUACGCGAACCACAAAACUGGGUAGUGUGCUUUUAUGGUUGUACAAAAGAAACAAAAAGAAAAUCCUACAACUGCAGGAGGUACUACCUUGAGGUAACUAUUUUCUCCCGGCUCUGUCAGAGUACCGUCUUUCGUUCUCAGUUUUUUAUGGUUCCCAUUUAAUCCCAGAUAUUAAAAAAGAAAAAAUUGGUAAUCGUGCCUUGAAAUCGA